AUAGCGGUUUAUCCUCAUCCAAUCAGCAGCCAGAUAAAGGCGCGGACCAAUCAGAGAGCGGUGCGCUCUCUUGGAGCGUCUGCAGGUUCACCUGUUCAACUAAACCCGCUUCCUCGCUGCAUUACUGAAGGAGGAACCGAAAGAAUGGCCAGCGGAACCGAACCGUUGCUUCCCUCAACCCAAUCCGGCAGAUAACACCUCAAAGUCCCGCAGACGGCCCCCGGGGUCAUGGCUCGGAGCGGAUCCGAAUUCCUCCCGCUGCUUCCCCGCCGCAACGCCCGGCUGGACUCCUUCCUGAAGCGGAACACGGAGCGGGCUCUGUACGAGCGGAUCCGAACCUACGAGCCGUGCGUGGUGGUCUCUGACGUCAUCAACAAGGUCUACAUGUAUGCGGUGCUGAGUGACGAGCGCGUGUACCUGGCGGAGUACCCGCCGCGCGCGCUCACCGCGGCCGUGAGCUUUGGGCGCGUGCGCGACAUCGAGCUGGUGAACGACCUCCCAGAUUUCCUCAGUGCGAAGGACAGGGAGCGCUGCCAGCACAUACGGAUCACCUACGUCCCUGAAAAGCCUGCAGAGAAGGAACCUGAUUGGCCACAGAGGGGAAAGAAGGCGGGACUUCCUCCCGUGGCCCCGCCCGCUCGCAGAGCCAGCCACUGUCCAAUUAAAACACACAACUUAAAAGGAUAUCCUGCAGACAGACGGUGGAAGGAGGAGGAGCUCCGCCCGCCGCUGAAGACCACCCGCUCUGCUUCCUGCCCCGACCCGGAGACCCUGGGCCUCCUGAGGACCCCUCACCUUCCUCACCCUCCUCACCCUCCUCACCUUCCUCACCCCCCUCAGCCUCCCUCAUCACCGGGAGAAGAAGGCCUGAAAACAGCUGAAAGCCGUCAGGUGACCAGAAGAAUCAGCUCCAUCCUGACCCGUCUGCUGAGACGAGAGCGAGCGACCGCCGACGAGGAGAGGGAAGUGGAGCUGCAUCUCUACGCCGUCUGUCAGACCUCCACCCUGUACCUCCACCUGCAGAGCUCCUGGAACAGCUUCAUCAUCAAGUCCACGCUACUCCUGGAUCCGCUCUACAGGAGGAGAAGCACCGCCCCGUCUGACUCCAUCAGCGGGGAGCGGACGGCCCACCUGUUCGCCCAGCUGAGCCUGGAGCUCCUGCAGGACGGCGUCAGCAUGGAGAACCUGUACCUGCUGCUGCAGGAGCUGAGGACGGCCGCUCACCGCAACAUCACGCUGCGCCGGCUCUUCUGGAGGUCCAGUGAGGUGUUCCUCUUCCUGGUUCAGACUCUGGAGGAAUGUCUUCACGGCUGCCAGAGCCUCGGUGGAGUUUACACCACAGACCAGCUUCUGCUGAGCACGCUCAUCCUCCAGACGCUCGCCAUCAUGUUCAGAGAGACGGAGGUGGAGGCCGCCAGGAGCAGCCUGCUGUUUGCCAAAAAAGGAGCUCUGAUCUCCAGACUGCUGCUCGCCUUAAUAUGUGAUCCUGAUGGUGAGAAGCACAGCCGAGGAUCUGCAUCCGACUCUGAGCAGCUUCAGGCUUUGCUCUCAGAGUAUCUAGAUGCUGCCUGCUCUCUGCUCUUUGAGCUGCUGCUGAUGGGCUUCGAGACCAGCAGAUGUUUCCAAGGAGACAACUUUGUGUCUGUGUGCUGGAUCCUCAGAGUCCUUCAGCCUCAUCCCAAUCUGCUGCCCUUCAUCCGUCACCAGGCCCGGCAGCUGGUGCAGGUUCUGUCCGACCAGCAGGGGUCCAUCCUGGGCCCGGUGCAGUCCGUCCUGCUCUUCCAGCGGUGUCGCCUCCUGCUGGCCUGUCUGCAGCACAGCAACCAGCUGGGGCAGCACCUGCAGACGCACUUCAGAGAGGAAUUCAGGUACUUUGUGACUCCGUCCAGCACCGAGGAGAAGCUGCAGCCUCAUUAUCCCAUCUAUGGACCGACUCUACGACUCGUCCAAUGCAUCCAGACUCUCAUCCAGCGCAGAUGAUUGGACGGGAACAUCUCUGCUGCAUUUCACCCAUUUUGGAUGUUCACCCAGCAGACAUAAUAAACACUGAUAAAGAAAUGUGCCUUUAGCAUCUUUAUGGAUCUUUGUCAGGGGUUCAGCUUUCUAAAGCAUCAUUCUGAGAUCCUACAAGGCCUCCAUGUCAUCUGUCAUCACACCAAAAACAGGAAGUAGGCGGAGCCUCAACCUGAUUGGUUCAUCUUCUUGUUGUAAACACAA